AGAUCGAUUGUCCGAGUUUGUGGUAGUCGCCUCAGAUUUAGCUCUUCGCACUGAACGUCGGAAUCGUCACAGGUGGCAUCAAGAAGACAACAGGCAAUCGAGUAGCACUUCAGCUGCAUCGUAUAAGCGUUUACUAGUGUUCACAUCAGCGUGCAAGAAAGGCGAACGAAGGAAAGAUGGACUUUGCAUCACACUCUGACUCAAUGCGAAAGGUGGCCACUGAAGUUGCCUCUCUUCUUCACAGCGGCGGCCACGAGGAAAUUUUCACGAGUGUUUUCCCCGGUCAUUCCGGCUCACUAACGUCAGCGUCUGUCGUAAAUCGAGUGAAGGAGUCAAGCAGGACAUUAUUCUUGACACUCAUGCAGGAAAGAUUACAGAGAUACGUUACAAGUGAGGAGGAAGCGACGAAAGAGAGAAUUAGGAUAUUUAAAGAGCAACAGGAGGCUAUACUUGGAUUGAAGAAGACGAGGGUGGAGAGAGUCAAAGAUGCUCUAGCAAGACUGGCUGGUCAGUUAUCAAGUGAGACUGAUGCUCAAGCACAGCAAAUUCAGGAUUCUAUGAGCACUUUACAUCAAGAAUAUGACGAAUCGCAAACAGAUGGCAAUCAUGAAGCAACACAGGAACAUAUGGUAAAUCAUGGAGUAGAUGUGGAUUCAGGAAAAUCAGAUGAUGGUUUAUUUGAUUUGGAUGAUUUUGACAGCGAUCACGCAGAUGGAGAUUCGGAUGGGUAUCAAACAGAUGAAGAUGGCAGCAUUGUUGAUUCUGGUAUGGAGAUGAGACGUCCAAGCAACGACUCUCAUGAGCAGCAAUUACUUGCAACGAGUGUGCCUAUAUCAAUGCCGGCAUUUUCUGGAGGUCAUCAUAAACAGCAGGACUCAGACAACGAGCUUGCCAAAGAUAUUGGUGCUUCGAUCAAGAAGCUCGCUUUGAGUGUUCAAGAUUGUAGUGAUACAUUGUUUGGUGAUCUGCCUCGUCCUCGAGUAAACAGUGAUGCUGCAAAGCGAUGGCAUUAGAUUGUUGUGUUUAUUGUUGUGAAGACGUAGACAGAACUGGUGGUAGAUCAUAUCGUAUUUUUGCAAAAACUUCAGAAACUUUGCAUUGAAUAGAAAUUGUCUGAUGUAGCUGUUGAACUAGAAAAUGCCAUGGAGGCUGAUACUUCACUUUCUAAUUGAAUCAGCGUAGCGUAGUGUUUUGAGACUGGUUUACCACUAUUCUGUAACAAUGCCAGAAUAAUUAUGCCUCGAUAUGCAUG